CAUUGUAAAAAGGGAGAUUUUUAAACAAAACAAACAGGAGGUUCAAUCUCCGAAACCAACCCGGCGUUUGCUGCAGGUCUCUAACUCUGUUGGGUUGCCGGAAAACAAGGUUCAUCACGGGGAGUUAUUGAACUCGCUUCUGGGAUCUGUUGCAGAAAGCUGCUGGCUUGGGCCCUGGGGCCGCUGACAUUGAUCCGAGAUGGGGAUUAUGGUGACGACGCUUGUUUUUGUCGCUCUUGGGGUGCUUGCAUCUUUCUGUGCCACAAUUUGCUUUAACAGGGGGCCUUCCACUAAUCUGUUACAUGUGACAUUGAUCGCCACCGCAACAGUUUGCUGCUGGAUGAUGUGGGGAAUUGUUUAUCUUGCUCAGAUGAAGCCACUCAUUGUUCCCAUCCUAAGUGAAGGGGAUUGAAGAACUAUGCACAAAAGCCUAGGCAUUCCUUCUCUAAGGCCACUUUUUUUUUUUUUGUAUUGUUGAUGGGGAAGAGAUGGAAAGAUUGCAGACAAAAUAUGUUGGGGCCUUGUUGAGGGACUGCAUCAGAAGAACUUGUAAUAAUAAUAAUAAUUUCACAUGUGUGGACACAACAUUUGCUUCAUUUCUAUAUGGUUUGUUUUGUUAUCAGUUCUUCUUGAGAGAAACAGUAGUGGCGAAGUGUUGAUGAUAUAAAGUCUUCCAUUGAAUAUGAGUUCCUCCUUCUUCCCUUAUACAAUUGGUUUUGGGAUUGAAUCUCACAAUAAUAUACUACUUCUAUC